AUGAACUCAGUGGCAAGCUCCACCGAUGCAGAGGAUUGGCUUGACAUAUCUGAAACACUCUCUCUUCCCUCACUUUCACUUGACGAUGUAUUGAAUGAGGUGAGUCUGCUCGACGAUGAACCAUUCAGCGGAGGAUUGUCAGAAUGUGCUGGUGUUAGCCCAUCGCCAGUUUCCAUCCCAACAAAUUACAAACUGGACAAUGCAGUGAAAAAGAAGCGACUAGAGUCAAUAUCACAUCAACUACUUUCCUCUCGAUUGAAGAAUGGUUCUGCUGUUGCAGUCGCUUAUCGCUGUAAUCGUACCGCUGUGGCCACUAGCAAAGGAUCGUUACUUGUUUUCGAUGCUGAGGGACGUUUAGAACGUUUUUGGUCUGGCGGUGAAUCGGACGGUUCUGCAUCAUGCGUGACAUUUUCAGAGGGAGGUAAAUACGUAGCAGUUGGUUACAGCAAGGGAUUUGUGAAGGUUAUCAGUAUGAGAACGGGUGCGGUGGAAGAGUUGAUCAAAGAGGCUGUGCAGAUGGGACGUGGGGUUUUACAAGUUUUAUAUCUCGAUUCUGGCAGAACGAUUCUUACCCUGGAUAGCGGUGGAUCUGUGUUUGAGAUGCAUACACGCCACAGAUUUCGAUUAGGGAAAUCUAGGAUACGAUGCAUUUUUUCCGGCUGUAAUGGUGAAGUGCUCCAUAUGAGGUUAUUGCCACACUCGCUUCUUGCUCUUCUCACAGUCUCAAAGAUUCUCAUUGUCUCAACAAGAAUGGGUGGUUCUAUAGUUUGCGUAUUCCCGCUGGAAGUCAAUAUGCAAUAUCCGCCGUUGCUCGACUACAUUGAGCAGUUGAGUGUAGAGGUCAAGACAAAUGGAGAGCGUGGGAAUCUUUGCGUUUGUGUAGGAAGAGGACAAACACUUAAUUUGUUCAAAUUGGUGCCUCGUAAUAUUGGUACACCCCAAAAAGCCGCCAUACUUCUUCACAAAAUUCAUCUCCCACAGAUGGUGGUAAAUCUUUGCUUUUUGUCCCAUGAUUUCUUGGUCGCUUUCGAUGAAAAAGGUAACUGCAUGAGCAUCAAGGACAGCAAGUGUAUAACUCAGCAGAAUGACAGUGGGUGUAGGAUUUCACUAUUCUUCUCCACGUCAGAUUACAAGGGACUAGCCACUGGAGGAAAUGUUAGCCCUGCAAUGCAAUGCUUAGCCGAAAGAGCUUGCUAUCAGUCUUUAUGCAGGAACCAUCCUCACAAUAGUGCAACAGUUCUAUCUUAUGACGAGUUGUUCGAGCUGAGUCUGUUAACAGAAGAAGACCAGAUGGAGUUGUUCCAAUCACGAGGCGACUACGUAUCCGCAUGUCUUUACCUUCUCGACAUUUAUCGGGGACGAGUUCGUGUCGAUAAAUGUUUCCGUGAAAGAUUACCUGAGCACCUCACCGAACAACUGCGUCGGCUUGUUGACUUUGCAAUGGGUGGCUGUAAGGAAGGCAAAGUAUCGGAACUCGUGGCACAUUAUAAGGCUUAUAUCUCGAUACUGUUAACAACUGCUAUUGGAACAAAAAGCUUCACCUCAUUGUAUGAUGACAUUUGGCCAAGGGUUGAACGGGACGUGAUAUCCCGAUCUAUAUUUCUUGAAUCUCUCGAUGAGUUUGUAUUGGAUGGAUCGCUGGAAUCGCCGCCUCCAGCACUCGUUUCGGAAUACUUAAGUCAUUUAGCGUCUGAAGGCCAUUUUUCACAGCUCCAAGCUUCAGUGGUUCGAUUCCCCAUUCACUGUAUUGACAUUCAUUAUGUUAUGUUGACAUGUAAACAGAACGGCCUUUAUGAUGGGAUUAUAUAUGUUAUGAAUCAGGCAUUCGGUGACUACCUCUCACCGUUGGAAGAAAUGUUGUGUGAUGUUUCAUCGUUUGCUUCACAUGAGGUUCUGUCGGACUCCGAGGUGGAACGAGGCAACCGUUUGCUGCUCUACCUACACUGUUGUCUUGCUGGUCACUCAUAUCCAUACGGGACGCUACCGCCAGAGCAAUUGGCUGUGAUUCCCGAGCAGGUGUACCGAUGUAUCACGUCGCUGAAAGGAAAGGAUGGUACAUCUGCCACGGCGAAUUAUCCCUAUCUUCGACUUCUGCUACUUUUUGAUGCACAACAGUUCAUUCAUGUGAUCGGAACAUGCGCUGAUGCACCCGUUUUUCAAGUUGAAAACCGACUACAAAGGCUUAUAGAAAUCAUUGGUCGUCUUUCAACGGAACUUCGGGAGGAAUCUGCACUAGUGCAUUUCCUACUACUCAUAAGCCAACUGUCAGAAAGCAGCAGUGUCCUAACGCCCAUUGAGAUUGUGGAAGAUGUUGUCACCACCUUAAUGAGAAUGAACUGGCAGAAUUCAUCUGCGGAAUUCGCCAUCGUCGAAACCCUGCGGACUACUCCUCAAAUUGACAGAAGAAGCGUUCUUAGGAUGGCUCUUUCUCCAUUUAGGAAGGGAGUGUGCACGUUUAUUUAUUGCGGAGAAAGGAAGUUUGUGGACCUUAUCAAAAGUUACAUGCGAAAUCAUGAACACGAGGGCAUUUUUCCAUUAAUCCGUCAAAUUCUUCGUGCUGAUCUGUCUGAACAAGAGCUGGAGGAGAUUUCGGAAGUCGUUCAUGAGCUAGUCCCUCAAUUAGUUACGGUGAACCCCAAAGAAUCUGCCCACCUAGUGAUUGAUUGUCUUCCCGAUUACCUCAACAGUAUUCGACCGCACACUGAUGCCGAGAGAGCUGCCUGUUUUCCAUUACUAAAGGCCGCAUUUGAUAUCAAAAGAGAACGUCAAGAGAACUUCUUACAAAUGGACGAAGACGUUGACGAACAGCUCUUUGGAAUUCUGUUUGAGGGCAUAGUAAAAGAAAAUCCGGAAGAUUUGGACGGCAUCCUACAGGUCUUACUACUCUAUUGGUUGCCAACUGGAUCACGUAAUGAUUUUUGCUUGAACCUCGCAGCGGCAGCUGGUUGUGCGAACAGCACGAUAUUGUUGAUGGAAGCGCGUGGUCAGCUAGACAACGCUUUUGAAGUGCUCUUCGAGCAGAUUAAUGCGACAAAAGGAGAUCAGCAACGAUUCGUGUACUGGUUGGACAAGGGCCUAUCGUUCUGUAGUUGUCACUCCAGUUUCUCCAAUUCACGCGAAUGGUUGCUGCGAAUCAUGAGAGCUGUAACAGGCGCCGUUGCUGAGGAGAAUACCACAAAUAUGGAGUUCCGACUCCGUUCGUUGGCGAGUGGUAUUUUGGAGAACGGUUCGCAACAUUCGCUAGAACUCGUAGAAUGUCUAUUGGACUAUCCUGCCUUCAGAGACGGAUUAUUCUGUGACUACUCGUCAUUGAUCAAUAAGAUACUUGGAACAUGUUCUCACGAAACGUUCAUUACAAAACAGCUUCUGUUAUGUAUAGAUCAAGAGAGCGCCGAAGACCUGCGCUCGCUACGACACCAGCUUUGUCGAAAAAUCGGUGGCAUAAUUGAAGAGCAGUGCAUAGUGUGUUGUACCGGAGUGAACAAGGCUGCAUAUAUUUUCGGCUGCGGCCAUGUGGUUCAUAUGGAAUGUGAUAACGGCGAACGACGUUGUCCUUGUACCAGGACCAACAUAAAGAAGCAGAGUAGGAGCCAGUAUGAAACGAACGUCUCGAUGUUGGGAUCACGAUAUAAACCUAAAUUGCAAGAAACUAGAGAUAUAUUUACAAAGUGGGAUAGUUUUAUGUUGUUGACACCUCAUUAA